UCUCCCUCUAACUUCUUCCUAAUUCUAAAAAAAAAAAAUCCCCAAAUUGAGAACUUCCGUCACCCAUCGUCUUCUCCGAAUCUCACCCACGCCACCGCCAGUCGACUGCACAGCGCCGCUGUUGUCAAUGUUCCGAGCAGCCCAUGCCGUCGUACGCCGUGGAAUCACCGUGGCUGAACAGCAGCCCCGCGACUGGCGCCUCGCCGUCGCUACCCUGCAGCAACAUCUCGCCGUCGCCACCGCUGCCAUUCCGCCAUCAUCUGCGAUUCGUCGCUGUACCCGUCAUGAGUCGAACGCGCCGCCUGGAGUCAGCCGCCGCUGCUGCUCGCCGACGGUUGCUGCUGCUACGGGGAGGAGCCGCUGCUGUUACCGGCCGCUCGCCGCUGCCGGCAGCUUCCUCUUCUCCGGAAACACUCCGAACCACCCCGAAUCAACCCGCAAAUUACGUUCUCAAUACAAAGUGUGUAGAAGGAAUCCGCCAGGUCCAGGAAGGAAAGACGGUAAUCACACGCCCGAGGAAACUGGCGGAUAAGUGAACAAUGUUCGAAAAAUAGCUUGACGGAGGAAACCUCGGCGUUGAAUGGUAGAAUAGAGAUUUCUACGAAGACUCUAGAACGUUA